ACAUCCUGCUCUGCUCUGCCUGAAGAGAGCUAUCUGGCCAAGCUCUGGUGAGCAGGAAAAAAUGUCCACUCGCUACCACCAAGCUGCUAGCGAUAGCUACCUGGAACUUCUGAAAGAAGCUACCAAGCGAGAUCUAAAUCUUUCUGACGAAGAUGGCAUGACCCCCACUCUCCUGGCAGCCUACCAUGGGAACUUGGAAGCCCUGGAAAUAAUCUGCAGCAGAGGAGGGGACCCCGAUAGAUGUGACAUCUGGGGAAAUACUCCUCUACAUUAUGCAGCCUCCAAUGGCCAUGCCCACUGCGUCUCUUUCUUGGUCAACUUUGGGGCCAACAUCUUUGCCCUGGAUAAUGACUUACGGUCCCCGCUGGAUGCUGCUGCCAGCAGGGAGCAGAAUGAAUGUGUUGCUCUCUUGGAUAAGGCUGCCACGACCCAGAACAUAAUGAACCCCAGGAAGGUCACCAGGCUGAAGGAGCAGGCUGAAAAGAACGCCAGGAGGCAGAUCAAAGAGUGUGAGAGGCUCCAGGAGAAGCACCAAAAUAAGAUGGCCCGCACCACCAGCAAGGGGGAAUCUGGGACUCUUUCUUCCUCCAAGGGCACCUUCUCCAGUUCAUCCUUUUCAAACGCUUCUCUUUCCAGUGCGUUCGGGUCACUGUCCAAGGGCAUUAAAGACACUUUCAAGAUAAAAUUAAAGAAGAGCAAAGACACAGCAGAGCAGGUGGGGAAGGAAGGCAGAAGCGGGCAGAGGAACGUGAUGGAAGUGUUUGGAGAGGAGGAGGAAGACUCAUUCUCAGGGGACUUCAAAGAGAAGCUCCAGUUCUCAGCAGAGGAGGACGGUGGUACACAACAUGAGUCCAUUCUCAAACGUCCAGGUCUCGGAAAUAUUGUUUUUCAAAGGAACAGAGUAUUAAGUCCUGAAGACAUCUCAGACAGUAAGAUGGAGUUGGGAUUUAAAAUGCCCAGUGAAUUGCUUCAAAGACAAGGAGCUGAGGCUGAUGAAGAGGGAGAGGAAAAUGGCCUUGAAGAUGAUCUGCCCUGGGAUGAGGGUGAAGUGGACUGGGAAGAGGAUGUGGUUGAUGCUACUCCCCUGGAGGUGUUCUUGCAGUCCCAGCACCUGGAAGAGUUCCUCCCCAUUUUCAGGAGAGAGCAGAUUGAUCUAGAAGCUCUGUUGCUGUGCUCUGAUGAGGACCUUCAGAGCAUACAAAUGCAGCUGGGUCCCAGGAAGAAAGUUCUUAAUGCCAUCAACAGAAGGAAGCAGGUGCUACAGCAGCCUGGGCAUCUGGUCGACACCAGCCUCUGAUGGAGAGGAGAGUGUUGGGUCUACAGGGUGAGCCUGCUGACUUAACAUUAUAAUCUCUCGUCAUAUUAGCUUGCUUCUUCCUUUCUCAUCUGUGCAGCCUGGGGAUUCUAACUCCAGUGCUGUCCUUAGCUCUACGACUUUCCCCAUUGUUGGAGACUAAAGUUCCUCAUUGGCCUGAGGCCUGGUGUCUACUUAAAUGCAUCUAAUCCCUUAACAGAUGUUUACAUGUUUACAAGUAACAGAAAUGGGUCUAUGAUACUACUGCCUGAGAAUGGAGACAGACUGGCAGGUAGGAAAAAUGAAGAAAGAAAUAGAAUAUGGGGUACCUGUUAUGGACUGAAUUUUGUUCCCCCCCAAUUCAUAUGUUG